UUUAAAUACAGAAAACCGGAAAUUGAUAAGAAGCUCCUGAAAAAGCAUUUGCGGGGAGAACAUGCAGAUGAGAAAGGUGUCAAGACAAAGUUCUUCAAGGAAAAGUUGAAGCGGAAAGAAGUCUACUUGGAAUAUGCCGCGGAACAAGCUGCUCGAGCUGAGAUUUUAAAAAAUGAGGAGGAAGGGUUCAUCGAGGCUGACCAGGACGAAAGCACUGCAGAUUACACUCAGAAGGAGAUAGUUCAAAAUGUGGAUAUAACGGCGGCCACAAAACACUUUAAUCUCUCGCUUGAUUUUGGACCAUAUCGUCUGCGAUACACGAAAAAUGGUCGUCAUUUGCUGUUGGGAGGACGUCGCGGUCAUAUAGCAGCAUUUGAUUGGGUGACAAAGCGAAUCCACUGCGAGAUGAAUGUAAUGGAGGAGGUUGCUGACGUAUCUUGGUUACACCUGGAGACAAUGUUCGCUUGUGCACAAAAAAACUGGGUCUACUUCUACGACAACCAAGGAACUGAAAUACAUUGUAUCAAACGAAUGUCUCGUGUGAACCGCAUGGAAUUUCUACCGUAUCACUUUUUAUUGGCAACAGCGAGCUCAGAAGGUUUUCUAUCAUGGCUGGAUGUGUCGAUAGGAGAAAUUGUAGCGCAAUACAACUCGAAAGCUGGCGACAUAAGAAUUAUGUGCCAAAACCCAUAUAACGCAGUGCUUUGUACUGGUGGAAGCAAAGGUGUCGUAUCUAUGUGGUCUCCUACUGUGCGGGAGCCCCUUGCGAAAGUUUUAGUGCAUUCGACUCCAAUGACUGCUAUUGCUGUCGAUCCAAAAGGUAUGCAUUUAGCUACUGGAGGUUUAGAUCGAUCACUGAAAGUUUGGGACAUUCGAAAGUUGAGUGGGCCCCUGGCAGUAUACAAAUGUGGCAUGGCUGUAAAUGAAAUUGACAUAUCACAAAAAGGAGUCCUGGCUUUCUCAACAGGUAAUAUUUGUGAAAUGUACAAGCAAACGGUGAUGGAAAGCGAAAAUCCUAGUCCAUAUUUACGUGAGCGAGUUAACGACUAUGUGUACGGACUUCGUUUCUGUCCUUACGAAGAUGUGCUGGGUGUUUCAACUGGAAAAGGAUUCACAUCACUUCUGGUACCUGGCUCUGGUGAGCCCAACUUUGAUGGGUUGGAAGCAAAUCCAUUCCAAACGAAAAAGCAACGUCGCGAGCAUGAAGUACAUGCUUUGUUGGAGAAAAUACCAAUGGACCUUAUAUCCUUGGAGCCGAACGAGAUAAGAGGCGUGGAUGUUGAAACUUUGCAGGAUAAAGUCAAUGCUAAAAAGUCAAUCCUCUUCGUGAAGCCGCCAAGGAUUGACUUUAAGUCACGACGUAAAAUGAAGGGAAAGGGUGGAUCAGCUAAUGCUGCCAAGAACAAACAAAUUGUUAAGGAUGCGAAGAGAAAGGAAUUUAUCAAAGACGCUAAGAAAGCACGGGACAAAGUAUUUGAGCAACACAAAGAAAAAUCGACAACAGAAGACUUUAUUCCCUUAGAAUCGUCGAAUGCAACGGUUUUAGACAGAUUUAAGGAAAAUAUUCAGAUGCAGAAUUAUUGCAGAAUAUUGAUCUCACAGCAACUCACGCUUUAAUUAUUUUAGUUCAAAUAGUACCAAUGCCACAAAUCCAAUUGUAAAUUGCUGAGUUAGGCAUCUCUCCUUUAACACGCUAAUGUUCAUUGACGAUUUUGUGUGGAAGAACUGUGUAUAUUAUAUUUUGUAUUGCGGUUUAUGUGGCGAUAGUGCUCUUGAGUCCAUAUACAAAAUUGGAAUUAAAGCACUUGUGAAGUUGUUGCACUUACAACUAGUAGUUGAUAAGCCGCAGGAAUUGAGGUUGGGAUGGGGGAAGCUGGGAUCAGCCAAUGUUUCUAAUAAAAGUAUAACCAUGCCUAAAACGACCGCAAUAAACAUAAUACAGUGGAAUCCCGAUUAUUCGUAUUUCAGGUAGAUUCAUAUAAAUUUGUCGGUCGCCAGGAAAAAAUUUGUAUAAACACCAUGCAUCC